AUGUUAAAGCAAGAAAAGGAAGCAAUCAGCAAAAGAUUCAAGAUGGAAGAUAAAGGCAAUGUUCAUUUUCUACUGGGGAUGUUGAUCCGACGUAACCGAGAAGCUAAGGUUAUCACGAUUAACCAGCACAACUACAUCGAGAAGAUUUUGGAUAAAUUCGGGAUGCAGGAUUGUAAACCUAUAAGUACACCCCUCGAACCUUCAAAGAAGUUUUUUGAAUGCUCGGAUGAUGAAGAGAAGUUUGACACGCAAACUUAUCAACAGGCAAUUGGAUGUGUCACAUAUCUUUCAGUAAUUUCGCGACCUGAUAUGUCAGUUGCAGUGGAAGUCUUAUCCCAGUUCAUGGCAAAGCCAAGUAAAGAGCACUGGAGUGGUGUGAAGCGUAUAUUACGAUACCUAAAGGUAACAACAGAUCAUGGAUUAAAGUUUUCGGCAGAAGGAAACCUUGACCUUUUAGGGUUUUCUGAUGCAGAUUGGGCUGGAGACAUUAAUACACGCAAAUCAACAUCAGGUUACAUUUUUCAAAUUGGUAAUAGCACAGUCAGCUGGUCAAGCCGAAAACAAAGAACGGUUGAAAGAGCACAACUGAAGCAGAAUAUGUAG